GGAUAUUGACGUUUCUUGAAUUGGAUAGUAGCAGUAAUAGCAAAAAGGCACAGAAAUAUUUUGUAUUUUUUUGCAGAAAAUUCUAAUCUUCAGCUGAAACUACCCUCCGAAAACCAUCAAUUUGAGCGUUUAUCUGACGCUCUAUAACAUUCUAAACGUGAUUCGUGUUUAAUUUGAUGUAGCGGUACCGUUUAGGAUGCUUUUGAUGUGAUAGAAAUGGCGGCUACUAGAAAAUUACAAGGGGAAAUAGAUCGCUGUUUAAAAAAAGUAACAGAAGGUGUCGAAACGUUCGAAGACAUUUGGCAAAAGGUUCACAAUGCAGCCAACACCAACCAAAAGGAAAAGUACGAGGCCGACCUCAAAAAGGAAAUCAAGAAGUUGCAGAGACUUCGAGAUCAGAUCAAAAGUUGGAUAGCGUCCGGAGAAAUCAAGGACAAGAGUAUUCUAAUGGACAAUAGAAAACUUAUUGAAACACAAAUGGAAAGGUUCAAAGUGGUAGAGAGAGAAACAAAAACAAAAGCAUACUCGAAAGAAGGUUUAGGAGCAGCCCAAAAAUUAGACCCUGUACAGAAGGAGAGAGAAGAGAUGCAACAUUGGCUAAACACCUCCAUAGAUGAAUUGUCGAUACAGGGCGAUUCCUUUGAAAGCGAAAUAGAACAAUUACAAUCUAAAGGUAAAAAGAAGCUAGAUAAAGACAAGCAGGAGAGGAUGGACGAGUUGAAAACCCGAUUAGAAAGACAUAGGUUUCACAUACAAAAGUUGGAGGCGUUACUGCGCAUGCUAGUAAAUGAAUCAGUGGAAGCGAAACAGAUCAAACCAAUAAAAGAGAAUGUAGAUUAUUACAUAGAAUCAUGGAAAGAUCCCGACUUUGAAGAUAACGAGUUCAUCUAUGAUGAUAUUGUAGGUUUGGAUGAAGUUGAACUAUCUGGAGUUGGUUUACCUUCCUCAGCUACAACUGACAGUAAUGAUACAGGAGGAACCCCGACGUCCAUGAUAUCGGGAUCGUCGCCCGUACCGUCGCCGCCACCCAUCAACUGUCAAAAUUCCAUUGGUUUCAAUCAUUCCAGCAUCGAGCCCGUCCUGUCUGAAGAGAAGAAGAUUGUACAGAAGGAGGUCCAACCACCACCACCACCCAAGCCAAUUAAACCCAUACCAAUAAGAGCAUCCGUAGCGACGUCCCUGAAUAGUAGUACGAAUUCGAUUUUGAAUUAUAGUAUUGCUAGUGUAACGUCAACGCCAUCUGGCAAAUCGACAGUUUUAACGUCGACGCCAACCAAACCUCCGACCCUUUCGAUUCGGGAAACUUCACCUGUGAUGCCCAACAUGACGACAGUUAGCAAUUUCGCCGCGGUUGCCGCCAACAAUUUGAACAAACCCACGACGAAUAAUAUCGAGAAUAAUACGAUUAAUGUGACGCCGCAGCAACCCUUGUCCAAUAAUUUGUCUAACAAUUUGAUUGCUGCGGCGGUGGCCAAAGUUCACAUCGACGUUUUGCCCAAUAACGUCCUCAUGGACAGUCCGGAGUUGGAUAAUAGUAUCAUAAGGACGACGCCACCUUUACAGGUGACAAACGAUCUUGUACAAUUAAGUGUUGAGAAUGGUACUGUUGAUGAAAAGAUCUCAGAAGGGUUGUCAACCCUGAAAACGAUGGCCCAACAAGCAAUAGACAGGGCAGCACUCGAAACGCAACAACAAGUCCAACCCCAAGUGAUUCUGGAUCCGCCUCGAAGUCAAAGUCAGGCGAAAACAGAAGCUCACAUACCUCCACUUUUGGGUGUUGCACCCUUAGGAGCUGUACCUCUCCAAAAAGAACACCAGCAACAGUUCCAACUGAUGGAGCCCGCUUACUAUCACAUGCCUCAUCCUUCCGAUACCGAAAGGAUACGGACUUAUUUGCCUAGGAAUCCCUUUAAUACACCUUCGUAUUACAUACAAAUCCCUCUGUUCAAUUCAGAUACUCCUGAAUUUUAUCAGAGGUUAGGCACUGAAACUUUAUUUUUUGUGUUUUACUACAUGGAGGGCACGAAGGCUCAGUAUUUGGCAGCGAAAGCUUUAAAAAAGCAAAGCUGGCGGUUUCACACGAAGUACAUGAUGUGGUUUCAAAGGCACGAGGAGCCCAAGAUUAUUAACGAAGAAUACGAACAGGGAACGUAUAUCUAUUUCGAUUAUGAGAAAUGGGGGCAGAGGAAAAAGGAAGGCUUCACAUUUGAAUAUAAGUACCUAGAAGAUAGAGACCUUAAUUAAAUUUAUUUAUAGAA